UUGCGGCUCAUGGAGAAAAAACCCUAGUUAUCAACUGGACUGCUCUUUUUGUUUUGUUCGUCAUCGCCCGGAAUUCUCCAACAAUAAUUCGUAAUUCGGUUUCAUAUUUACUCAGAUUCGAUAUUUAUACAGUUUGAUUCCACCGGAAUCCAUCAUGGAUGCUCAGCGAGCUCUGCUCGACGAACUCAUGGGUGCAGGUGAGUUGCCAGGAGCGAUCCAAGUCUCGGAAUCUAACGGAGGAUGAGAAAAGAGGGUUCAAGGAGGUCAAAUGGGACGACAAAGAAGUCUGUGCAUUUUACAUGGUUCGAUUUUGUCCGCACGACCUCUUCGUCAACACCCGAAGCGAUCUUGGAGCAUGCCCGAGAAUUCAUGAUCCAAAGCUGAAAGAGAGCUUUGAGAACUCUCCAAGACAUGAUUCCUAUGUGCCAAAAUUUGAGGCUGAACUUGCUCAGUUUUGCGAGAAGUUGGUGAAUGAUCUUGAUAGGAGAGUUAGGCGUGGACGGGAACGCCUUGCGCAAGAUGUUGAACCUGCUCCACCUCCUCCUCUAUCUGCAGAAAAAGCUGAACAAUUGUCUGUUUUGGAGGAGAAAAUUAAGAACCUUCUGGAACAAGUAGAGGCACUUGGAGAAGCUGGCAAGGUGGAUGAAGCCGAAGCACUGAUGCGGAAGGUUGAAGCACUUAAUGCUGAAAAGACACUGUUGUUACAACGGCCAAACGACAAGGUAUUAGCAAUGGCACAGGAGAAAAAGAUGGCAUUGUGCGAGAUUUGUGGUUCAUUUCUAGUGGCAAAUGAUGCCGUUGAGAGGACUCAGUCUCAUGUCACGGGAAAGCAACAUGUUGGUUACGGUAUGGUCAGAGAUUUUAUCGCUGAAUACAAGGCUGCGAAAGAAAAAGCAAAAGGAGAAGAACGGCUAUCAAGAGGAAAAGAAGCAGAUGAUAGGAAGAAGCAGAGGGAGAGGGAACAUGAUAGUAGACGAAGGGGUGGUUCUAGUGAUAGGGACAGAUACAGAGAGCGUGAUAGAGACCGUGACCGGUCUUAUGACAGAGAUUGGAGAUCGAGGGGUGGGAGAGAUGGCCGUGAUCGUAGCAGAUCACGGUCUCCUCAUGGGAGGCAUGGUCACAAAAGGCACUCGAGAAGUCCCAUUCGCCAAAACUAGUUUGAUAAUGUUUUUCUCUAUAACUGGGGGGGGCAAGGACUUUGCAAUUUAAUGAGCUUUGAGACCUUACACAAUGACUCUCCUUCAUCACAUAUUGUUAAAGGUCAAAAGGGUUGAGGUAGGUAUCGUCUGAUAACUCUAUACCCUUUACUAUACGUAUGUCCUGAAGCAUUUUUCAAAACGGUAUGCUUCAUGUGUUUUUUCUUUUGUUGCUGCUUUUGCAUCUGUUUCGGUCUUAUAUGGCUUUCUUGUUCUCAAGUGAUCUAGCACCGCAGAAUCAGGGAUAUUGGAUUGAAUGAAGAUGUCACGGGGGGGAUAUUUUAUAAAGCUUGGAGGUAACUAACAUAUGGCAGAUCUCUCAUUUCGAGUUUCCACUUUCGAUUUUGACGAUCUCAUGUGCAUUUUUAGCAUCAGGUAACAAGGCUUACUGUGAGGGGUGAUUAAUUUUUCCAUCUGGGUUAGGUAAAAAUGGCUCCUUUCUCAGCAUUGUGUGCCCAAUCGGUUGAGAUCCAAAAGGGAAGGUAAAAAAGGGGUUGGUUAUAUGUUAUCUGUGAAAGCAAGCAAACCAUUCACUGGUGCAGGAGACAGAGCAUGAAUGAACCUGUUGAUGCAACAACAGUGGAUCACGUUACAGAACACCAGAGAGAGGUCAAUGGGCCACUUUCAAAAACACCUCUCUGGUAGCAUUUAGAAUUUAAGACAGUCUGAAGAACGUGAGUCGUGUAUUGAGUGCAUGGAUCUUGUAUGGAUCGUGUGUAUAUAUUGAAAAAGAAAAUGAGGUAAUUCUUGUCUUUAA